AUGAUUUUCCGGGCCAUUUGCGCGCUGCUUUGCGCCAUCUCGACCGUCCAAGCAGCUCUUCCAGACGACGACGUACUCCAAUAUGUUGACCCUCUCAUCGGCAGCGCCAAUGGCGGCAACGUCUUCGCCGGCGCGUCCCUACCCUAUGGCAUGGCCAAAGCCGUCGCCGACACCGACUCGGGCAGCAACCAAGGCGGCUUCGCGUUCGACGGCAGCAACAUCACGGGCUUCAGCAGCCUCCACGACUCAGGCACAGGCGGCGCACCGUCCCUAGGCAACUUCCCCCUCUUCCCGUACACCCAGUGCGCAAACGACGACGUCAACGGCUGCACGUAUCCCAAGAAACUGCGCAAGACGACCUACGCGGCGGACUCGGUCACCGCGCGGCCCGGGUACUUCGGUCUGACCAUGGCGUCGGGGAUCCACGUCGAUAUGACCGUCUCGCACCACGCGUCGCUCUUCCGCUUUGCGUUCCCCGCCGGGCAGGACACGAGUCCGUUGAUUUUGCUGGAUUUGACGGAUCUGUCUGAUACGAGGCAGGAUAAUGCGAGCAUUGCGGUGGACCCGGACACCGGGCGUAUGACGGGCUAUGCGCGCUUCUUGCCUAGCUUUGGGAGUGGUGAUUAUACGCCGUAUUUCUGUGUGGACUUUCACAGCCAUAGUCGGCUGAGGGAUAGUGGCGUCUUUGUCAAUUCGAGGGCUAGUGCUGGGGUGCAGGAUUUGAAAAUCUCGAGGAGUAUUAAUGGGUAUCCUCUUCCGGGAGGCGCAUUCGUCCGGUUUCACGACCCCAGAGACCGUGACAUCUUAGCCCGGGUCGGCCUCAGCUUCAUCAGCAUCGAGCAAGCGUGUCACAACGCGGAAUCUGAAAUCCCGACAUUCGAUUUCGACGCCACGCGCGCGGUGGCGACGGAGAGAUGGAGGGAGAAGAUGGCGCCGAUCCGCGUGUCGAGUACGGGGGUGAAUUCCUCGGUUCUGACCAACUUCUAUAGUAGUAUUUAUCGGACGAUGGUCAAUCCGCAGGACUAUGCGGGGGAGAAUCCGCUGUGGGAGAGUACGGAGCCUUAUUUUGAUUCUUUCUAUUGUCUCUGGGAUUCGUUCCGAUCCCAGCUCCCAUUCCUAGCUAUCUUUGAUCCCUCAGCGCUGAGUCGCAUGAUUCGAUCUCUCAUCGACACCCAGCGCCAUCUGGGCUGGCUCCCUGAUUGCCGCAUGUCACUCUGCAAAGGCUACACCCAAGGCGGCUCCGACGCAGACAUCGUCCUCGCAGACGCCUUCGUCAAGAACAUCACCGACGGAAUCGACUGGCAAGCAGGGUAUACCGCCGUAAAGCGCGACGCCGAAGAAGAGCCUUACGACUGGUCCAACGAAGGCCGUGGCGGGCUCGAAAGCUGGAAAUCCCUCCACUACAUCCCCGUCGAAGACUUUGACCACGUCGGAUUCGGUCCCAUGACACGCAGUGUCUCGCGCACGCUGGAAUACGCAUACAACGACUAUGCGAUUGCGCAGAUCGCGCGCGGGCUGAACAUCCUCGACGACGCGGAGCACUACGAGGGGACCUCUGGGUAUUGGAAGAAUCUGUUCCGGGAGGAUCAGACGUCUGUUGUGAAUGGGAGUGAUACGGGCUUUAGGGGCUUCUUUCAGCCGAAGUAUUUGAAUGGGACGUGGGGAUACCAGGAUCCGAUGACCUGUUCGAAUUUGGAUAAGAGUGGGAGGGCUUGUUCGUUGACGAAUGAUGCCGCCGAGACUUUUGAGUCGAGUAUUUGGGAGUAUCAAUUCUUCGUCCCCCACGACAUGUCCAGCCUCAUCGCCCACCUCGGCGGCCCCAGCGACUUCAUCCGGCGUCUCGACUACCUCCACGACAGCGGCCUAACCUACAUCGGCAACGAGCCCUCUUUCCUAACAGUCUUUCAAUACCACUACGCCGGCCGCCCCGCAAAGUCCACCGAACGCGCCCACUUCUACAUCCCGCGGUUCUUCUCCCCCACACCAGCCGGACUCCCAGGCAACGACGACUCCGGCGCAAUGGGCUCCUUCGUCGCAAUGAGCAUGAUGGGUCUGUUUCCGAACCCAGGCCAAAACGUGUAUCUUAUUACAGCGCCGUUCUUUGAGACGGUGCGCAUCACGUCCCCGCUGACGGGGAAGACGGCUACUGUGCGCGCUGUUAAUUUUGAUCCGUCUUAUAAGAACAUUUACAUUCAGGAGGCGAGGCUGGAUGGGGCUCCGCAUGAGAAUAGCUGGGUGGGGCAUGAUUUUUUUACGGAGGGGAGGGAGCUGGUGCUUGUUUUGGGGGCAGAGGAGAGUGCGUGGGGGAGGGAUGCUGUGCCUCCUUCUUUGGCUGGUUGA